AUGCCACCCAACAGCGCAAAUACAGCUUAUAUCAACACAUUCCUUGUUGCGUGUGGUAAUGGUGACCUGCCGAAAGUCCAGGAGGCCCUCGCCAGCGGGCGACUCUCUGCUGAGUCGCUUGACACCGGACUCAGCCGCGCCACCCAAGCGGCACAUCUGGAUAUCGUGGCCGCGCUCUUCGAUGCCGGCGUGCCCAUGACAUCCCGCGCAGUAGGCUCUCUUUGCGGGAAGGAGGGCCAUCAGGACCCGCGUGUAAUUCGCCUCUACUUUGACCGUGGCCUGAAACCUAGAAAAUGUACCACGUCCUCCGGCGAGCCUCUUCUCCGCUUUUUGAACGCUGCCUGUGCUCGCGAGUUACUGGAGCGAGGUGUUGACCCCAACCGUUGCGGCCCAACAAAGACAAAACCCCUCGCCAGCGCCCUUAACAUGGCCUAUAAAGACAACGGAGCUGUGUUCGACCUGCUCGUUGAAUAUGGGGCUAAGGUUGAAUCCAGUCUCUUCUUUUCCGCUAUUUGUUGGAGCAGGUCGAAUACAGCGUUCAAAACUAGAUUCCUUCUUGCCAAGGGUCUUGAUCCGAACACGACCUCCGCGAACUGGGGCACGCCUUUACACUGUGCUGUCCGUUUCGCUAUGGAGGACGUGGUCCAAAUACUACUAGACGCGGGCGCAGAUCCUACGGCGCGACCGGGGUGCAAACAAUUCCGUGACCGAAGCCCUGCGGAAGUAGCCGAGUUACACAUACAGGUCAAGCAUCCUAGCAUGCAGGCCAAGUAUCAGAGUAUACUCAAACUCCUUGUAGAUGCAGAACAUGCAACAAACGCGGUACAAGCUAAUACAGAGAAGCCAAGCGCCGAGAAUGCUACAGAGCCUACAGCAAAGAGACAGAAGACCAAUAGCAAGUAUACUGCUGUUAAGAAUACUCCGAUGGGGGUUAUUUCUCAGGAUAGUAUUAGCAGCCGAACACGGAGUCGUACCAAGUUGUCUCCUAACUAG